AGUGAACCGGCGCGCCGGUUGACAGAACGUAAUCCACACACAGUCACAGUCGUGUUUCUCGCAUUUUCUUCUUUUCACGCGGAUCCACGACGGUGUCCUCACGUGCCACAGGAGGUAAACCGUGAUGCAAAUCACGUGACUGCGCCCCUUCGAGAGUCCCACUCGAGCGAGUCACUCUUCACCCUUUGUGAAGCAGUCCAAGUUCAUUGCGCGACAUCACUCUCUUCCCCUAAAUUAAAAGAGGUAUACGAGAGAAUUAGUUGAAUUAAUAAAUAUCGUCGAAUUUGAUGAAAUAUAAGAAAGACAUGAGACGUGUCCUUAUAUGCCACGUUGGCUGAUUCUAAGUGUGUGCCCACCUCUGACCAAUUUCUCUCAUUCAUCAAUAGAGGUAUAUAAAGAGAAGGACGAAUAAAGAAGCUUCAGUGUUAAUAUCGAACACUAAAGAAAGAAGAAAAGAAGAUGAAAUUAAUGUACUCGAGAUGGGGAAUGUGCGCAAUUAUUUUGGUGAGUUUGAUGAUGACGACCAAGGUUUGCGGGAAGAGGCCAGAAACGAUUCUCGCGGAGGUUCUAGCAAAACCCUUCGCACCCCAUGAAUUCGCCUCACCGGAAUGCAUUCGUGACAGCAAAUAUUAUCUCGAGGCACUCGAGAAAUAUACACCCUGGGCGCUUCAAAUGUACGAUGCUUCGAUUAAAAUACCAUACGGCGUAAUCACGGGCAAUUAUAAACAGCUGGGCAAUUUCGACGAAUGCUUACACGUGAAGAACGAACAUGGCUUUAUCGGGCAAGCUUGCAACGUGGCGGUGGAAUUUGACAUUGCAGCAGACAAUGGUACACUGGACCGCGAAUUGGACUUAGGGGAUUUAUUCGUGAAUGUCGCGAACGCGUCGAAUGCGAUAAAAUGGACAUCCGGCAAAACGGUUGAAUACACAGGGAUGUGGUGCAUUCCAUCUACAUGUAAUCAUAUGGAAAUUGAAGAGGCUCUGGAGAUCGCAUUUGAUUCAUUGAGAGUUGAAGGACGUGUAGACAUGAUCAUUAAAGUACCUAAGGAAUCUUGUCACACCAUAGAGAGUAUUAACUUAUCCUGGGAUUAUGCAGAUUACUGUUACAUACUGAUUCUUGCACUCUUCGCAUUAUUAAUUGUAAGCAAUACGAUGUACGAGAUGGCGGGACAAUGGGGAUUUAUUAAGUCGAAACCAAAAGUUAUCUUUACGGUCUUCUCUUUGUACACCAACGGGAAGAAUUUAUUGAAGACUGAUAGACGUAAAGAUUCUAUUGGCUGUAUAGAUGGGAUACGCUUUAUUUCUCUCUGUUGGAUAAUAUAUGGGCAUACAUAUUUCAUGGAGGCAGUUGGUGUUAAAAUAAACCUUGCGCAGAUUCCACGAAUGCAUUACGAGUGGAACAACAUGCUGGUACUCAAUGGGAACAUCGUUACGGACACUUUCUUUCUUCUAAGCAGCACUUUGCUUUCUUACACCGAAUUGUUGAAAAAGAAACGAAACGUUUCGAUUCAGAAAGAAACUAAGUGGCAUUUCGAUUUAGUAGGACUUUAUAGUCAUCGUUAUAUAAGACUGACACCAGCCUACGCGAUGAUGAUCGGUUUCUAUGCCACGUUGUUUUAUAAAUUAGGCUCGGGACUAAAUUGGGACACAUGGGUUGGUUCUAAUGUGAAUUUCUGUCGUGAAAAUUGGUGGACAAAUCUCCUCUACAUUAACAACUUGGUCAACGUGCCAAACAUGUGCAUGUCUCAAUCGUGGUACCUUGCGACCGAUAUGCAGCUUGUCUGGCUGUCACCGCUUGUACUCUAUCCUAUGCUGAAGUUCAGGAGCUGCUUCUUCAUCCUUAUUUUGAUUAUUUAUUUUAUUUCCUCUAUCAUAGUGCCAUUUGUUAUAACAUAUUUACAUGGGCUAACGGGCACAAUGCUAUACUACAAGGAUCAGAUGGAUGUCGCUCAAGUAUACUUGGAGAUUUAUAUAAAAGUGUACAGUAGAUUUGGGCCUUACAUCAUUGGAUUAGGCCUUGGAUACAUCUUAUAUAAGACGCGAUCUAACCCAGUCAAGCUAAGAGUCUGGCAGGUGAUUUGCGGUUGGCUGAUUGCGAUUCUAAUCGGUCUGUCAUCCGUUUUCGGACCACGUGGAAUGUACUUUGAAGAUCACGUGUACAACGUCUUAGAAGCGAGCUUCUAUGCGGGCUUCCAUCGACAGAUUUUCGCGUUAUCAGUCUCUUGGAUCAUCUUUUGCUGCGUGAACGGCUAUGCAGGUCCCGUGAAUCACUUCCUUUCUUGGAGCGGAUGGAUACCGCUCAGCAAAUUGUGUUACUGCGCUUAUUUGUGUCACUAUAUUUUCUUACUGGCCGAGAACGGAGCCGCUCGUACCACCGGCAAUUUAACGCAAAUAAAUAUGUUGCGCGCGUUUUCCGCCAAUUUGGUGUUUACGAUGGUUUGCUCAGCCCUAUGGAGCCUUUGUUUCGAGAUACCCUUUAUGAAUAUCGACCGUAUCUUCCUUUCUGGCAAACAAAAAUCGUCGAAAAAUAAGAAUGGCAAAUCGACAUUCGACAACGAGAGUUCUCAAUCGAAGGAGGAUCCUUCGACUACGACUUCGGUUGAUUUUAUAACUGUAUGUGAUAAUUGGGAAAACGGCUACUGCAAACCUACGAUAAUCGCUGGUAAAACUCGCGAGAAUGACGUAGAACACGAGAAGAUAAAGAAAAGUUUCAGUAACAUUUAUUUUAUAAGCUCGACUGAAUGCGACGACCUGUACAACAACAUGUACGGACGUGAAUACUGAUAAGAAAAAAUUGAAUUACUGCGAUUUUUAUUCCGCUUCCGACUUUGAGUUCAAGAGCUUUUUUUAUUGGCUAUACAAAUUAAAAAAUC